AUGACGCUCUGGAGAGAUGCCGAAGAAUGGUGGUGGAACAGACCAAGGCGAUCUGCGAGUAUCGAUCAUUCUCUCGAAAUACCGCGUCUACAACGUCCAAAAGGCGAUACCGGUACCGGUACCGCAUCCGAAGACCCCGUUCAUCCAGAGAGGCCUGGAUCGACCGCGAGCUUUUCAUUGGCUGCAGUCCCGUUAAAUCUAGAAGACCCAUUCUCGAUAACUUCAGAUCAUGGCAUAGCUUUCUUGUCAUUAAGAUCCUAUACUUCCGAAGGUGGGAAUGUCAGCGAUCCAGUACAGCCUGUCACCGCACUAGACGGACAGACAACGCAACCUCGAUUGACUGGGAGGUUUGCAAAGGAGUUAGAGAAUACGGCCAGACACAAGACAAAUGAACUGACCACCGAUGAAUUACUGGCCCUGGAUAAGGGAGCCCGUCAGAGGCGUGCUCGAAAUACUCUGUCAAACGACCCGAAGGUUCCUAAGCAUGCCCUGGCUGUACGGACAAAAAAAGACCGUUACCUAAAAAACCUACAAAAAACCCACAAAACUCAUACAGAACGUUGUACCAGAAUUCGUAUUAACAACUUGAAGAAACCAAGCGUAGAAUCUGGUGACGGAAGCACAACCUUAGGGGCCACGGAAGAGUUCAGAGGGUCCGAUAAAAAAGAUGCGAACCAAUGUAUGCACCGCGAGGCUUCAAAGCCGGUUGGAGAGCAAAAGUUGGAGGAGGAACACUCCAAGUCAAGAGCCGACAGUAAUAUGAGUACGCAGGCUUCAGGAUUAGAGAAGAGGGGAAUGGUGGAGAGGAAAAGGUCCGAGCAAAGUACGGGCAUUAAAAACCUGAAACCUGAUUCAGAAAACGCGGCGAAUAGAGAGGCUUCCAAGAAGAUUGUGGACGAGGGUAUCGACACCUGGGUCUCGGAGCCUAGCUCAAAGGUGAUAGCCAGUGGGGGAUCAUCGGAAGCGAUUUUGCACGAGGUCAUGGGCAUUGAGGCCUCGCAGCCCGAUUCGAAAAAGUGGGUGGGCGAAGGGUCGGUUCAGCAGAGUGCUACUCUGUUGAGUGCUGCAUCACUCAGUGUUACUGCAACUACCGGUAGUGCUCCCCCAUCCGGCAUUCCUGGUGGCGUGCCCCCACUGGAUAUUAAUCCACUUGGUGCUGCCCCGGCCAGCAUUAAUUCCAGCCUUACUACCACACCUAGUGGUGAACUCCAACCAGGUAACACUCCGUCUGGUGCUCGCCCGUCUACUGGCAAUGGAGUACCCAGUUCGCUAGUACAUCGACCGAGGAGCAAAAUGUCCAUUGCGUCUCUACUGAAUUGA